AUCGCUUCUACCCCUGGAGCUGGACUUCCGGGGGUGGCCGGAAGUGAGCGCCGCCAUCUUGUUUCUGUGGUUUUGGAGGAACAGUUGGCCUCCAGCGGGAGCUGCGCUUUUUUGCUCCUCCUGGCCCUUCCGCCCUCCUCCGCGUUGAGUUUGCGUGGGUGAUUCCCGAGAGCAUUGCAGGCUGGAAGUGCAGCCUCCUGCCAUGGUGAAGAUCUUUGUGGGAGGGGUCUCCCCUUCUGUCACAGUGGAUGAGCUGAAGAAGCUCUUCGAGCAGUAUGGACAGGUGAACGAGUGUGACAUCUUGAAGAACUUCGCCUUUGUGCACAUGGAAAAGGAGGACGAGGCCCACAAGGCUAUCAGCGAGCUGCACAAGCAGGAGUUCUACGGGGCCCACCUGACGGUAGAGUACGCCACCUCCAAGAUCCGUAACGCCACCAAGAUCUAUGUGGGCAAUGUCUCCAGCAAGGCCACCACAGCCCAGAUCAAGGAGCUCUUUGAGAAGUUUGGCAAGGUGGUGGAGUGCGACAUUGUCAAGAACUACGCCUUUGUCCACAUGGCCAAGGAGAGAGAAGCCAUGGAUGCCAUCUUGAACCUCAACGACAUGCCUCUGGAGGACCAGAAGAUCUUUGUAACACUGUCCAAGAGCAACAACUCGCUCAAGACAACCAAGGGGACCUCUGUGCCACCUCCACCACCUGCACUGCCCAGUUACUACUUCCCCAGGGGGCGCAUCCCCCCGCCACCAUCUCCAUAUACCCCAUAUGCAACCCGAUCUUGGUAUGACAGGGAAUAUUACGACCGCUUUGCUUAUGAGCUCUACGACCGGGCGAUGACUGCCAGAACAGCAUACGAGAGGGCCCUGCCACCUCCGCCCUCUACCCCCACUGCCUACAGAGAGAGGAGCCCUGUGGGCAGGCGGACGACUGCUGCGGUGGCCCAGUAUACUGAUCCCUACGCUGCUGCGGCUGCCGCCCAGACAUACAGCCAAGUGUACAACCAAACGGGUUAUGCAGCAGUGGCGGCUGCAGCCGCAGCAGCAGCUACCUACUCCCAGUACAGCAUGGGUGCCACCUACAGUGCAGGGGAGUACUAUGAGAAAUACAGCAACGGCUAUGCCACUCAGUAUGCCCAGACGUACUAAUCUCACUGUGCUCAUAGCAGUAAGUGACCAGAGAUCUUAGCUUCGGUGGGAGGCGGAGGCAUGGGGUGGAGAGUACCUAGCCCUAGAACUCCUUAGUGGCACAGUUUUUUAUGGGGUAAGGGAGUGCCACUCCUCCCUAAAGUAGCUUUCUGAUGCCAUCCACAGUGGAUGGAGGUUACCAUGCCUCCUGAAAGGCAGUAAAUAGGCUCAUAUGAACUAGACAACCUUUUAUGUGUGUGUUUUUUAUAUAUAUAUAUAUAUAUAUAGCCUAGAUUUCCUUUGAAGGCCAAGUAGCUCUGGCGAGAAGUGAGUUUGCCUCCCUCCCUCCCCGUUAAGAAAUUAACUUUUCUUUUCCUUCAGUCUUCUCAUGCUCCCACUUUCCAAGGUUUGUUAGGAUGCAUCUUUUCUUUACCUUCCCCCCUCAUCCCCUUUCCCUCCUGGUUUCCUUUCCGCAUGUUCUCUUUUGUUUUGGUUCGGUCGCUAAGAAAAUAAUCCCAGUUUGGAAGAUCAGUCGCCCACCAUGACGAACUGGUCCCCUGCAAGCCUGCACUGAAAGCCAAGGCGAUUCUGCUCGUAAUUCAGAGCUGAUCCUUUCUUGAUUCCCCUCCCCUCUCAUCAGUUUUAACCGUUGUAACUUGCAGUGCUCUUUUUUUUCCUCUUUUGCUGGCUAAUUCCUUGGCGCGGUCUUCCCAUGUUGUGCAUGCGGAGCGGAGUUUUGAAAUGUGUGUCUCUAGAUCCAUAGCUAGGACCAGAGGGCGGGGGGAGGGGUGCCUUGUUCUGUUUCUGUACCUCAGUAUUACAAAAGGAAGUGGAUUUUUUUGGUGCAUCCAAAGUCCGUCCGUGUCACGGCUUCUUUUUCCCUUUUCGUUUUUUACAUUGAUGAUUAAACAGCUUGUACAGAACUUCCCGGCGUCUCGUCGUCAAAUCAGCUGCUGCGUCGCUUUAACUGUGCCCAAAUCUCCGUGCGGCUCUUCUUUCUCUGCCUCUCUCCUCUGUGCCUAGCGAACGGCAAAACUGACACCCCGAUUUCGCUUGACUGUAUCGCGCUGCCUGUUCCACCGUGGUUGCCUCGGUUAACGGAGCGACCCUCUUCCCUUCCCGUCUCCCUGUGCCCUCCCCACGGCGAGCGCCUUGUUAGCAACCCCACAGGCUGCCCAGGUUUCCCUCCUGCCUUCUGGCUGCAGCAUUCCUCUGCUCCAACUCAGCCAGGGCAUCAGUAACUCUGACCUGUUGCAAGCCCCUUAUCUGCUAUUCCUGUUGUUGAGGCCAACUUCCCCUCUUCCCUUUCCAUACCCGUUUGUUUAGACCUCACUUGUCAGGUAUCUAACAUUUUAACCCUUUCUCCCCCCCCAUUGAUUUUUUUUCUCCAUACACAGCCCGGUGCUCGGAGGCGUAAGGGGGAAAGGGAUCUCGGCUGAAAAGGUGCAGGCAGAGCUGAUUCAAGACAGCGCAAUGCCUUUAACCACCACCCUGCUGAAGGAAGCGUGAAGCCUCCACUACAAGCUUGAGUGAAUAUACCACUCCCCUUGUCCCCUACCUGCGCUUCUUCCUCUUCUGGUGCUCUCGGGUUAGCUAUUUGGCAGUCCAGAGGGCACCCUCUGGUGAGAGCGCAAGGCUAGCAGGACUCAUGGGUUCUAUUCCAGCAACUCCCUUCCCCUCCCUGUGCCUCAAUUUCCCCACAGCAGAGAUUGCGUUGAAAUCUUUGGGUAAGCACUGUAUGUGCAAAGAGAUUUUGGCUUCUUGCUGGGGAUGCUGCCUCCACCCAUCUAAAGCGCUCCACCUAACCUCCCAACCCCCCCACCCCCCUUUGUGAUGUCCUCUGGCUAGCUCAUGUUCCUGCCCUUACUGGGUUUGAAGAUCUAGGGACAGGCCCACUCCUUAGCACAUGUAUAUCUUAGCCUGGGGAUCGCUUUGGUCGUUCCAGAUCCCCCCGCAUGCAUCCGCUUAGGGCUAGCACACCCUGCCUCCAUUUGCUUUUUAGUAGCUGUCUUCAGUUGCCAGAGACAAUGGCAUAGGAAUCCAUUGCGCUGCUGAAUAGUCAGCUUGAGCUGCUUUCUCUCCUAGGAGCAGACUCGGGGCAGAACGUGCUCACCGGCUUGGGCCAGGAAUUGCAUCCCCCAUUGGUACAGCAUUGGGUAAUGCCUUCUCUUGAUGUGGGAUACAGAACUAGGUGGACCACUGGUGUGUGAGAGAAGUGAUAGAGAGACCCUUUCAUUCCCCCAGCAGCACGUCUGGGAGGUGAAGGGGGGAGCAUCAGAAAAAAACAGCCGACAGGGUAACCGUCUCCCUCUGGCAUCUGGCCAUGGCAGAUUGAGGUAAGGCAGAAAGACCUCCCCGAUGAGGGUUUGAGCCUGUGUUUGUUGGAGACGAUGCUGCGAGCAGGGGAGUGGGGUACUGGGGGGAAUGGUGCAGUGGUUAGAGCAGGGAGCGUCUACCCCUAUGAGCUCGUAGACAGAUCACUUCCUCUGCCUGUUUCAGUUUCCCCAUGUGUGACUGUGGGAGCCUUUCAGUGCCUGGAGAGCCUCUAAUGGAAAGGGCUGUAGAAGCACCAUUGCCAUUCAGCCCAGGCUCAGAGGUCAGACUCCUUCCAUCCCCUGACCAAGGGGUUGCGGGGUGAUGUGCCCCAAGAACAGAAUUUGGAAGAGCCUGGCAGCUCAGGGGAAGCUGCUCUGAGCGUCCAAUCAGAACGGUCUGGAUCUGGCCGUGGGGGAGCAUUAGGGGGCAGGUCUUAGUUCCAUAAGCAUCCAAAGAGGGGGCGCGGUAUCUGCUUUCAGCACAGUUCAUGGACAGACAUUUGUCAGCCUGACUUCUGAGGCAUCCUGUUGGGACUAUCAAGUCUGCUGACUCCACAGAGUCCUUGGAGCUGGCAGCCGUGCGCCAUCCGAGCUCUGUGUUUAAAUCUGUUCCAUUUUACGCUGAAGGCCAGCUGUUUAACCCAAGCUCCUCCAGGCCAAGGGGAAACCAAAGGGCAGGAUGCAAAGCCCCUAGAUCCUUUUAGAAACACAGGCAGGAGGGGCUAGUGACUCUAACUCGCCCAUCUAUUCUAGAUUGACCCUAUCCCAAAGAGAUCUUACAUCAAGGUAACCCCCAGACCAGGAACUCUUUUGGCCUCAGCUGACAUGUCAGGGGAAGAGCAGGAUUUCUGGAGGACCCACCAAGCAUCCUGCUAGCAGAGGUGAAAGCUGACUUGAGGGAUUCCCCGAAGAUCUCCCAGUCUCUUCUUUCUAACCACUGUGAGCCUUAAACACCCCUGGGGAAUCCAACCUGAGAUGAAGCAGGAGGUAAGCGCGAUUGUCCCCCCCUUCCCUUUCACUCGCGCACCAAGAGGAAGGAACAGUUGUGUGCUUCUGUCACGGACAGCACAAGAUCUGGGUUCUGUUCCCUGGUUCUGGCACUGACCUCAGGGCAAGUCUGUGGAUCUCAUCUGUAAAAGGGGCAAGGGUUGAUUCAUGUUUGGUUAUUAUCUCCACUGGCUGGUGCUGAGUCAAGUAGUAUUAGAAAUCCUUGCCACAGAGAGGUGGUGUUCUGGAAGCACGUGCCUCCUGCCUUACUGGUGUAAUCUAGUUUAGGUCUUUAUAUGGUUCCCAUAGUGACCUGAUCACACUCUGCAGCUGGGGUGGAGAUUUGAGAGUAGAACAGUCUUUAAUCUCACAGACAAAGGCAGAACAAGAGCCAAUCGGUGGACGUUGAAGCGAGACAAAUUCAGACUGGAAAUAAGGCAGAUUUUUAACCCCGAGAGGAAUUAGCCAGUGGACAUAGGGACGUUGUGGAUUCUCCAUUGCUUGGAGUCUUUAAGUCAAGACUGGCUGUCGUUCCUAAACCUGCGCUGUAGCUCUCACAAAUUACAGGCGUGAGGCAGGAAAAAGGAUUCUCUGACCUAUAGUAUGCAGGAGAUGAGCAUAGAUGAUCAGAAUGGGCCCUUCUGGUCUUAAAAGCAGUGAAUCAUUUCCGCAGUAUGUGAGCACCUCAGUUUUGAAUGGAUUUAUCUUCCCAACACCUCUGUGAGGCCGGGCAGCGCUGUUCUCCCCAUUUUACAGAUGGAGAAACUGAGGCACAAAGCAACUAAGUGACUUGGCCAAGUUCAGACUGGCAGAGCAGGGACUCAAACCCAGGUCUCCUGACUCCCGGUCCAGCACUUGAGCCUUAAGAUCAUUCUUCAUCUUCUAAGUUAUGUAACAUUAGGGUUGCCUGCCUGAAGAAAUACAGGCCCUUGGCUCUGGUUAGGUGGCCCUACUAGUGCCAUGAGCCCAGGCUGAAUAUAGGGUGAAUGCGCCCUAAGGUGAACAUACAGAUCUAGGGCAGCCAACAGUUCCCAGCUUCAGUUCCUUGGCACUACUGCAUCAAAAUGUGCGCGCUCUCCUCUUCCUCAUCAACCUGAACAGGAAGGGGCAGAUUGAGGUAAAUCCAGACCUUUGGCACAACAUUCCACCCACAACGUGAUCUGUGUGUAGAGUGGCCUGGUUGCGACAAGGACUGAAAGGAAGCCUGGAGCUGGGAAGCCUCCAGCUGAAAUUCUCUUCUCUUCUUACUCUCUCCUAGAGCAGAGUGGAUUGGGCCUUCUCUCUGUCUCUCUCUCUUUCUCUCCCUCCCAGCCCAACUCCACCAUCCCUUGUUCUGCGAAAGCAGCGAGCUCCGUCCCCGCCACAGUGCUCUGGAUGCUGUCGGAAGGCUCCCUGCUCGCUUCCCUCCUUGAUCCCUGACGUGGGAGGUCCCGCAACAGAGAUGGGGCCAGCAGAGCUCGUGUGCGGGACGAGAACCACCACGUCUCUACCACCGGGUACCUCCAGCAAUAGUCUCGACUCCCUGUUAAUUGCAGUUGGCUCCGGCAGAAAAGGAUGGAAUGUGGGGACUGCAGGCUUCUCUGCAUUGGAUGAGCAUGGCGAGCUGCUCCUGGUAGGUGUGUGUGUGGAGGCCAAAGGCAGGGGUAGAAGCCUAGGCCUCGGUGCUUUGUGGGUUGGAGCAGUGGAAUACAUUACCUUCCUAGGGGGCCCUGAGCAGCAGUAACUAUAAAGCCUCUCUCAAUCAGAGAUCUGGGUUAAACUUGACCACAGGAGCUACAUGAGAUGGGUUGUGUUUGUUUUGCGGUUCCCCAGUGGACUAAACCACCCCCUAAGCGGGCCAGAUUGGCAGUGUCAGCUCAGGAGAAGCCCAGGAAUGGACUAGUGGAGGUGGAGGGUGUUGCUGGAGGAUGUAAUUGGGGGCCAUUGACUGCUGUGUGUGAGAGGAGUCUGGGGGUGGGGUAGCAGGGGGCUGUGGUGGGUAUUGAGGGGGAUCAGCAGAGUUGGAAGAGGAAGCCAGGGGACUGUGGGUCAGGAUUGAGAGAGCCCUUGACAGAACUGUGUAGCGGGGGAGUCGGGUUGGGAUAGCUGGGCAGCUGUGGGUUGGGAUUAAGGAGCAUUGGCAGAGCUGGGGGCGGGGGUGUGAAGCAGAGCCCAGCCUGGGAUAGCAUGAGGGCUGCGGGCCAGGAUUGAGGGGCAUCAGCAGAGCUGUGAGUGGACCCAGAACUGGAUUGCCUGCUAGUUCUGUGCAGCUGGUGCUAAGCUGCCGUGACAUUUCGCGUUGGAACUCCGUCAGCACUACAGGCAGCCCCCUCUGCAGAACCCUGGCAUCUCUGAAAGAAGUUGGCUUCUGCUGUAUCAGUGACCAUUGGCUACCUGGCUCCAGCCCUUAUCCGAGGCUUGAGUGAAAUGUGCCGCCCUAGCAUAGGGCUCUGGGAUUGGUGGGUGGCACCUAGUACAGCAUCACAAGGGUAGGGGCGAGGCUUGGAACUAAUAAACAUCCUUGUUUAAGUAG